CUCGAAGCUCUCCUCGCCGCGCGCGCCCCGACCACAAGUGGAGAGGGUGGUGAGUACGUCGCAGUUCCUCGAGGGCACGAGUGAUGCUGGCGCUGUCGCGUGGUCACCCCUUAACAGUCUAUAUAAAGCUGUGGGAGACGCGCAACAGUCAUCCUAAACGCUGGCGACCUCGGAGACACGCGCGCGCGCAGACUCAACAAGUCAUAAGUCAAUGGGAGCAGCUGCUACUGUCCGCACCUCGCUUGCACUCUGCAGCGUCCCUUAGGUCCAAGUACUCAAACUGCACGAGGACUGCUCGCUUCGGCUGCAUGCGCACAACCACUGGAGCCGUUAUGGAGAUGCAGUGCUCGCAAAGAACCAACAAGAAGUUCGUCGCGCGCGCAGUGCAAUAACUGGUUUUGUGGGCGAGGAACUUAAAUGCCUAAAUGAUCUGGAUUCACCGGAACGGCGCGUGCACAGCAUAUUAACUGUGUAGUCUAAUUCUACGUUAAAGUUCACCCAACCCUCGUUUAGAGCAUGGAUACAUUUGGCGCGGCGGUUAACGGGGUCAGCUACACAGAAGUGGCCGAUGUGUCCCAGACAGAAGACCCCUUUAAGGGACCCUCGCGCACCAUCGCGCCCUGGAACUACAAAGUGCUCGCCGCCUGGAUGUCCCUGGUUACGGCGGUCUCGCUCUUCGAGAACUUCAUGGUCAUGCUGGUCACCUACAAGUUCAAGCAGCUCCGGCAGCCGCUGAACUACAUCAUUGUGAACUUGUCUCUGGCAGACUUUCUCGUGUCUCUGAUCGGGGGGUCUAUAAGCGUGAUGACCAAUUACCACGGUUACUUCUUCCUGGGGACGUGGGCGUGCGUGCUGGAGGGCUUCGCGGUCACUUUUUUGGGUAUUGUGGCUCUGUGGUCUCUGGCCAUCCUCGCGUUCGAGCGCUUCUUUGUGAUUUGCCGGCCCCUGGGAAAUAUCCGUCUACGAGGAAAACACGCGGCACUGGGCUUGCUGUUUGUCUGGACCUUCUCUUUCAUCUGGACCAUUCCACCUGUACUGGGCUGGAGCAGCUACACAGUCAGCAAGAUCGGCACCACCUGUGAACCCAACUGGUAUUCCGGAGACCCUCAUGACCACACCUUCAUCAUCACUUUUUUCACCACCUGUUUUAUUCUGCCUCUGAGUGUCAUCAUUGUCUGCUACGGAAAGCUCCUGCGGAAGCUGAGGAAGGUGUCCAACACCCAUGGCAGGUUGGGGAAUGCAAGGAAGCCAGAGCGGCAGGUGUCUCGUAUGGUGGUGGUGAUGAUUGUGGCCUUCAUGGUGGCCUGGACUCCAUACGCAGUUUUCUCCGUUAUUGUUACUGCACAUCCAAACAUCUAUCUAGACCCCAGACUGGCUGCUGCUCCUGCGUUCUUUGCCAAAACUGCCGCGGUCUACAAUCCCAUCAUCUACGUCUUUAUGAAUAAACAGUUCAGGAAGUGCCUGAUGGUGCUGCUUAGCUGCAGUGAAAGCACCACGGUGGAGGUGAACCAGACCACAGAGCGUGCAGGCAUGACCGGGGAGAGCAACACGGGAGAGAUGUCUGCUAUAGCUGCCCGGAUUCCCAUCGCAAGGAGCGCUCUACAAAAGUCUGAUGAGCAGCAGAGUGAUAGCAGUGCUUACGCCCAGCUGCCCAUCCCCGAGAACAAAGUCUGCCCCAUGUAGCAGCGCAAGACCCUCGCUCCCCACACUCCACACCGUUCUCAUUUACAGUCAGAACUCCCGUACCUUACUGCAGUAACAGGAGCAUACCACCCCAUUCUGAAACUCUUCAUACUCUGAUAUUAAUUCAGUAUUAACAACAGUAGCUUUCAGCAUGUCCUCCAUUAUCUCAGUAUCCUUUAUGAAGCAAUAAGUUGAUAUUUCAUUAAAGCGAUGCACUCAUAAACUUUCCAUUUUUAUUAUCAAGUGCACAAUCAAUAAAGGACAGGAAGAAAUUCGUUUUAUUUAUUUCUUGUUAAUUUUUUUGUAUUUCUAUUUUUGCACUACAGAAGGCAAGACCAGCACACUCCAGAUAUUUAAAUAAAAUUACACCUACUGUAAUAAUUACUGUUAUUAUUAUUAUUAAACUCAUCAUCAAUUAAAUAGAUGCCAAAAUAGUUGCACCCAGAGGGAAGUGUCUAAAUGCAAUGCUACUUAGAUGAAAGGAUGGGUAUGAGGAUGAGCACUGUCCUGUUGGAAUAGUGCACCAGGCAUAUUGUUCAUAAAAUGUAAGGACACUGGUUGCAGGACCUCAUUUACAUAAUGUACCAUAAAAAGAUGAAUUUCUAUAUUUAGAUUCCUUCUGAGUGCACCUAGUCUUUUGGUGAUGAGUGUAUUUUUGUUAUCAUUAUUUUCCCAUAUUGUUGUUUUUGCACUGUACACAGGUUUGUCAACUGCAUGUUAACUGGUCUCCAUAAUCUCAGCUGUAACUCGUGGUGACUGGCAGAUAAAAUGUGAUGAAUUGCUACUAUAAAUUAUUUAAGACAGAUGAAAGGAGAUGUCCACUCAUUCCUAAAUCAUGUUAAAAAUGUAUGAAUUCUCAUAAAUUAAUAAAACAAAAUCAUUUUUUCCA